AUGAGUUCAGUGUCUAACACUAGAGUGCCUUUAAUUGCGCCUGAAGAAAUCUCUCUAGAGGAUAAAAAGGAAAAUGAGUUUGGCCAAUUGACUUCAGUAGAGUUCUUAGUCGCACCGAAGUCUCGAGGGGGAGCACCGUUGCGGGAUCCAAUACUAGAUGCACCACCAUAUUAUGUUUCGGUGAUUACAUAUUUAAAUUAUUUGAUUUUAAUUAUAUUAGGUCAUAUCCAUGAUUUCUUUGGGCUGAAAUUCCCGAAGGACAAGCACUCUGAGAUAAUGGAGCGGGAUGGGUAUGCCCCUUGGUUUUCUAAAUUUGAGUCCUUUUUUGUGAGACGGAUGAAGAAGAGGAUCGAUGAUUGCUUUUCGAGACCGACCACAGGCGUUCCUGGCAGAUUCAUUCGUUGUGUUGAUAGAGUAGCUCAUCAGUUAAAUGAUUUUUUUACCUAUCCUGGAUCUACUUCUAUGUGCUUAAACUUAUCAUCAUAUAAUUAUUUGGGUUUUGCUCAAUCUGAGGGGCAGUGUACUGAUGCAGCUUUGGAAGCUGUUCAUAAGUAUGGGAUCUAUAGUAAUGGUCCAAGAGCUCAAACAGGGACUAUCGAUCUUCAUUUAGAAGCGGAACAAUAUAUUGCUACUUUCAUCGGGAAGCCAGAUGUUAUAAUUUUUUCGAUGGGUUAUGGAUGCAAUGCUAAUCUUUUCAGUUCAUUUUUAGAUAGUAAGUGCUUGGUGAUUUCCGAUGAAUUGAACCACACCUCAAUUAGAACUGGCGUGCGUUUGUCAGGUGCAGCUGUCAGAAAAUUCAAGCAUAAUGAUAUGAAAGCGCUAGAGCAAUUGAUACGUGAACAAAUAGUUCAAGGUCAACCGAAAUCUCAUAGACCGUGGAAGAAGAUUUUAAUUUGUGUUGAAGGCUUGUACUCUAUGGAGGGUACAAUGUGUAAUCUCCCCAAACUAGUUGAAUUGAAAAACAGAUACAAAUGUUACUUGUUUGUCGACGAAGCUCAUUCAAUUGGUGCGAUAGGCCCCCGUGGUCGUGGUGUGUGUGAUUAUUUCGGUAUUGACCCUUCAGAGGUUGAUAUUUUAAUGGGAACGUUAACCAAGUCCUUCGGUGCUGCAGGUGGUUAUAUUGGAGCAGAUAAGUGGAUUGUGGAACGUCUGAGGCUGGACUUGACAACUAAUAAUUAUGCUGAACCCAGCCCGGCCCCUGUUCUUGCUCAAAUCAUUUCAUCUUUGAGAACCAUUACAGGUGAAAUAUGUCCAGGUCAGGGACAAGAAAGACUUCAAAGAAUUGCAUUUAAUUCGCGCUAUUUGCGUCUAGCAUUACAAAGAUUGGGAUUUAUUGUUUAUGGUAUCGCAGAUUCUCCCGUAAUUCCAAUGUUGCUGUAUGCUCCAUCAAAGAUGCCCGCAUUUUCUCGAAUGAUGUUGCAGCGCAAGAUUGCUGUUGUUGUUGUAGCAUAUCCAGCUACUCCACUAGAUGAAUCGAGAGUCCGUUUCUGUGUUUCUGCAGCAUUAAUUAAAGAAGACAUUGAUUACCUAUUGCGCCAUGUUAAUGAAGUUGGCGAAAAGUUAUUCUUGAAAGUUAGUUCCGGGAAGGCUGGCGGCUCUAUGGAUGGCAAACCACCAAGAUGGGACAUUGAAGAAGUAAUUAAACAGACACCUAAAGAUUGUAAGGAUGACAAGUAUUUUCUGAUAUGA